CAGGAUAGUACAAGCGUCUUUGCAGCCGUUUAUAACUCUGGUAUACUUGGCGCAGAAUAUGUUCUUGAUUUUGUUGAAAACUAUUACCAAAAAAUGGAAGAAUACUAUGGAGGACAGGGUACAAUAGCCGCAAUCCUCAAUGCAGCAUCGCAGCGUUUCUCUACCGAACGAUUAGUAAACAAAUUCGAAAAAUUCAUAAAUGAUCACGAGAUAAACUUUGCAUCGAUCCAAAAAUCUCUGAUGAACUCCUUAAAGGUCGCUAAAUAUGAAUUAGAUUGGUUUUACUCCUAUUCGACAUCUACAACUCAAUGGAUGCAAACAAACGACAACUUAGAAUUUCGCCUACCCAACAAUAUAAGUCCUAAACAUUAUUUUAUUUCCCUUACGCCUCAUCUUGAUGGAAAUUUUACCUUCGAUGGAAAGGUGACGAUCAAAGCAGACGUAACGGAACCAACAAGUCAUAUUAUUUUACACUCAUCGGAAAUUGAACCUCACGGAGUAACUGUGAAGGCCGAUCAGGCAACAGUGAAAAUCUUAAAGGAAAAAUUCGUAGAUCGAUAUGACUUCUACAAGAUAUAUCUCGCAAAAAAACUAACUACUGGAACUAAAUUGAACAUCAAAAUUAAAUACACAGGUCAUUUGAAUGAUGAGCUUCGUGGCUUUUACAAAAGUUCUUACGAGAGUGAAAAAGGAGCCAGGAUAACUCCGGUAUUUACGCCGCGCGGAGAUUUACACCGCAGAAGUCAGAAAAAAUAGAAGGAGUGGGAGUAAUUUGCACGCAACCACUCUAUUAUAUGCCUUUAUAUAUGUUAU